AUGCUCCAACCCCGAAUUGCCCUACGGGGCAUUCGGCUGCCCUUUAGGUGUCUACCCUCUCUGCCUUCGCCAGUUCGUGGCUAUUCGACAAUUGUGAAAGAAAUUGAGAAGAACAAGCCCAAGCCUAUCGAAACACCAGUGAACACUUUUAUUGACCCCAACGUCUCGUUCGCUCCCCCCCCGGCCGCGAUUCUGCUGGCAUUCAGCUGCGCACCUACACUCCGCGCACCCCCGCGUGGCCACGCCAAGGGUGGUCGAAACAACUCUGGCCGAGUCACUGUCCGCCAUCAUGGAGGUGGUGCCAAGCGUCGAAUUCGGACAAUCGAUUUUCUGCGCAUGGCUCCGGGGCCGCACACAGUGGAGCGUAUCGAGUAUGAUCCCGGGCGUACCGCACACAUCGCUCUGACUACUAGUAAGGAGACCGGCAAGUUGAGCUACAUUCUCGCAGCGGAUGGCAUGCGCGCCGGCGACGUGGUCCAGAGUUAUAUGUCCGGAAUUCCUGAAGAUUUGUGGAAGAGCAUGGGCAGCACUGUCGAUCCCGGUGUGCUGGCGGCCAGAACCGCCUGGAGAGGAAACUGUCUGCCGUUGCACAUGGUUCCAGUGGGAACAUUGAUCUUCAACUUGGGAUUGCGACCCGGGAAGGGUGGUCAACUGUGUCGGAGUGCUGGAACAUAUGCUACAGUUGUGGCCAAGGGUAGUGACUCGCGCCAGCAAACGAUUCAAGACGAACAGCCCGAGGCUGAAAAGAAGCCCUUGUCACAGCGUGACCAGCAGAAGCAGGAACGUCUGGCCCAGCACAUUACUGUCCGUCUCUCAAGCGGUGAGACCCGGCUCAUUCACAAGGACUGCUGCGCUACCGUUGGUAUUACCAGCAACCCGAACUACCAAUACACCCAGCUCGGAAAGGCUGGUCGCUCACGCUGGCUCAACAUUCGUCCGACGGUGCGUGGUCUGGCCAUGAACGCCAUGGACCAUCCUCACGGUGGUGGACGAGGAAAGUCCAAGGGUAACGUCGACCCGAAGAGUCCUUGGGGUAUUCCGACCAAAUCCGGCUACAAGACCCGCCCGAAGUGGAAGAUCAACAAGGCUGUUGUUCAUGCCAGACCUCGCAACCAAGGAAAGCGCCGUCGUGGAUACAACUAG